GCGUCAGUUGAUUUUGCGUGUCAUUGCUGUAGACGUGCAUGCUGCGCCACACUCGCUCGUCGAUUCCUCUGGUGUAUCGGCGGAGGUGGCAGCAUUCUCUUCGUUGCGUGUCCACGCAUUGUAGUAGUAUGAAUGGUGCGGCACAAGACUCAGCUUCGGCUGAAGCGCCGACCAAGCAGCCGUUGAUAAUGCAGUACUAUCUGCGCCAAGGUAUUAUUCGCCCUGAGGAAGCUGCGCAUGUUCAAGCUACACUGGAGGCUCCUCUUCCUGCCUGUUUUAGAGUCAAUCCCAUGUCAUCAGUGGCAAAUACCAUCAUUGAUCGACUAAACAACGAAUUCCCAGAGGACUUUGCGAGAGUUUCACACCGCGACGGACAACCGUUAACACCACCAAGAGAAUUGCCGUGGUAUUCAGCCAAACAUGGCAGAGCCUGGCAACUCGACUGCGGCAAAACUGCACUCACGAAAGGUGCUCGCGAGAACAGCGCAAUCCAAGAUUUCCGAGCUUUUCUGCUGUAUCACACAGCGGAGGGCAAUCUGAGUCGUCAAGAAGCCGUUAGUAUGAUCCCAGCGCUGUUGCUCGAUGUCCAUCCUCAUCACAACGUAUUGGACAUGUGCGCUGCUCCUGGAUCGAAAACUACGCAGAUAAUGGAGGCCUUGAUAUCGGAUAAGUGUCCGACCGAUUCGAGAGGCUUCGUUGUGGCAAAUGACGCAAAUGAGAAGCGCGGAUAUCUGCUUGUUCACCAGCUACAACGACUGGGACUUGAUAACUUCGUCAUUACCUGCCACAAAGGUCAAGAGUUUCCGGGACUCUACAACUCUAACCUCGAACUACAACGCACAAACGUCUUCGAUCGUGUAUUAUGUGACGUUCCUUGCAGUGGUGAUGGCACGAUUCGCAAGAACCGGAACUUGUGGGGUCGCUGGGCUCCUGGCAGCGCUCUCACGUUGCAUCCGAUCCAGAUUGAUCUCGGCUUACGAGCUGCUGCGCUACUACGCGACAAUGGCGACUCGAUCAUGACGUACUCAACGUGUUCAUUGAAACCCGUUGAGAACGAGGCAGUAGUAGCCGAGUUGCUACGACGUGCAGACGGCACUCUGGAGCUUGUGAACUGCUCUGAGAUGCUUCCUGGUCUUACCACUCGCCCCGGUGUAACCUCAUGGAGUGUGGCGUGGCAAGCCCGUACAGCUAAGGGUGAGACUCGAGCUCCGUUGCAGUGGUUUGACCAAUACGAGAGCGUCCCCGACUUCCUGCAGGGUUCUCGUAUCACACGGUCCAUGUUCCCACCUGUCGACGAAGAGAUCCGCAAGGUGCUUCCGCGAUGCUUAAGACUCUUUCCAACAGACCAGAACACAGGAGGCUUCUUUGUAGCAGUUCUCCGAAAAGUUAAGGGGGCUAAACUACCUGGACAGCAUCAAAGAGGUCUCAGCAGCUACGAGGUUGCUGCCACUGCCAGUGGCGAACGCAAACCAACGCGUAAAGCGCUAAAAUUCGCUGAACAGGGCGUUAUUCUACCCGAAACUAACAACGACGACGAGAAACCGGCGAAGCAGAGGUACACGAAGCUACGAGCGGAUCAUUGGGAGCAGAUCAAAGAAUUUUACGGCAUUGCAGACAGCUUUCCGCAUGAAAACCUGUACUCUCGGUCGGUAGGCACGUCGUCCGUCUGUCUGGUGAACCCCAGCAUUCGUGAAGCGAUUCUCGCGGGGGAACAUCCACACAUCUUGGACACUGGCUUAAGGGUUUUCGCUCGAGUUCAAGCAGCAGGCAAACGUUUAUGGUUUCGACUCACGGAGGAGGGUCUUGACCAAAUGCUUCCAUUCAUCACGAAGAGGAAAGCGUCUGCUACGACCGAAGACCUCAUAGCAAUUGUGACUGCUCCAGGGAACGACACUAAGCAAGUUGCGUUCAGUAUCGAGCGAUUUAGUGAGUUGCUACAAGAGUCAGCUGCUGCUGUGCGUGAGAACUCUGGUGUUGGCCCCAUGUUGAUGAUUCUACCAGAAUCUGAGCGUGACGCAGCGAAGAAUCGCCAGCUUCCGACUGCUAUUCCGGUCUGGCUAGGCGAUAAAACACUCACUCUACUCGUUGAUAAGUCCACUCGAGACCGUAUAGCGCAUGCAUCGCAACAAUGAGGUAGGGUUAAACUUGACAUUUCUUUAGGCGUCGAGAAAUCCAUCGUGAUCGACCACAACGUUGACGAUUGCGCUCGAAAGUUUAGGGGAUGUUUUGGACGUGUUGGACAGCUUGCACCGUGAAGAACGUAAUGAUCGCGAUCCGCUACAAGUGGAUAGUGCGUCUAAAAAUUUGAGCAUGAUGAUGCUCUUUUAUAUUUUACCGGACGGGGGUUAUCUCUAAAGUCCGCGAGCUAAG